CCGUGCAAGGGGAUAUUACUCGCAUAGGCUGAAAAAUUGUUUUUAAGUAAAAAAAAAAAAAAAAAAGAAAAAAGAGGAAGAAGUCAUGCCACGACCUGGGAAAAACUCUUACAGUGACCAGAAGCCUCCCUAUUCGUACAUCUCCCUCACGGCCAUGGCCAUCCAGAACUCCCAAGACAAGAUGCUGCCCCUGAGCGACAUCUACAAGUUCAUCAUGGACCGCUUCCCCUACUACAGGGACAACACGCAGCGCUGGCAGAACUCGCUACGGCACAAUCUCUCCUUUAACGACUGCUUCAUCAAAAUCCCGCGGCGGCCCGACCAGCCCGGCAAGGGCAGCUUCUGGGCCCUGCACCCGGACUGCGGCGACAUGUUCGAGAACGGCAGUUUCCUGCGUCGCCGUAAGCGCUUCAAGGUGCUGCGCGCCGAGCUGGCGGCGUGCAAGAGCUCACCCAUGUUGCACUAUUUCCACCACCACCACCUCCAUCACCAUCUGCAGCCGGGCGGCAAGCCGGGCCAGCAGGAGCCAUCGGCCGGCCGCCUCCCUCUUAUGCACCCGACGCCGACGCACUUCCAAGGCUACGGAGGCAUCGCUUGCGCCCAGUCGGGUGGCUUUAAACACCCGUUCGCCAUCGAGAACAUCAUCAGCCGGGACUACAAAGGCGUCAUGCCCCUCACCUCCGUCAUGCACCACCUGGGCUAUCCGGUGCCACCUCAGCUGAUGCCCUCCGUGUGGCCCCACGUCGGGAUGCUGUCCGAGCCUCUGGCCCCGUCCCCGGAGUACGCGCCCUUCGGGGUCCCGGCAAAAAGCCUGUACCACCAUCACCACAGUGCCAACGGCCCUGCUGCGCAACCCGCCGUGCCGGUGCCGAUAAAGCCCACGCCGGCUCUCGUGUCACACGGCCUGAGCGGGAUGUGCACCCCGGGCUCCUCCUCCCACCAAGGUGAUGCUCUGGAGGAAAAAGGGAAUCUGCUGCACCCAGCCCUCCUUCUGUCUUAAUCACUGACUGCACAGCAGAAGAGGGGGUUGAAAACUGUGUUUCAAAUAUUUGUAAAUUGUAGUCAUCGUUUUAUUUGCACACUGGAUUUAACUUUGUGAUUCACUAUAUAAAUACAAUCAAGCGCUGAACCCAAAGAAAUUUAACUCUUUCCCCCCAAAUGCAAUGUACAUUUUAUUUAAAACAAUUGCAAUGUGUGUAUGUUAUUUUCCCCUAUUAAUCAUAUUUGUUUGCUUAAUUGUAGCAGUGUCUUGCUUGUAUGAUAACUAUUUAUCUGAAUAUUUAUAAUGAACUAACAACCGAUUGUCCUCGGGUGUCAUUUCAGUGAUUUGUUUCUGGGCACAUUUGGGGACGGUGCGCACACAUGGUAGAAAUACUGGACAUUCCACGAUACACUAUGCGAAAAUUAACUCGACAAGGCCCAUAGAUGUAAAAAUCUACAUUUGAUUUGAAAAACAGGUGAUUUGACAUCAAACUCGUAUUGAAUAGAGGGGGAAAUUUAUGAGCUUUGAGUCCACUGUAUGGCAAAGAAAUAUAUAUAUUGUUGUGUUUCCUUAAGAAAAUACAUCAAUUCUAGGUUAUAUUUUAUUGAAGUACUUUGCUUCAAUGACAUGAUUUACAUAGACAAUAUUCUUGAGUUUGUAAAAUUAUUAUACAGCUGGAUGAUCAAUCCUUUCCUGCAACACAGAUGCAGGUAAGUAUGUGCUAAUACAAUCUGAUUUGGGGGUUAUUUUGCAUUUAAUCUAAUGUUUAUAUACUUUAAAAAAAAUAUCCAAGCAUAAUGGGCAUGAUUAAAUGCAAGUCAAGACUUUUCCCUCCUUACACUUGUUCAAACACUCAACAUUACAUGGCAUAAAUCACGUACAUGGUGGGAUGGACAUCGGAGAUGAUGCAUGCAUGCAUGAUGUCCUAAAUAAAUGGAUGUGCACUUCAAACAGGGAUCGGGAUCAAGUUUUCCCUCUUUUGUUGGACAGCGUUUAAAUGGCGGCUUUGAAGCUCGCCUCCUCUCCUCUCUGUGCACAAAGCAUCACUGAGAGUGACUUAUAUUCAAAAGCCCCUCCAUCCUCCCUACUUAGCAUCCCAAAGGCUCCCAAAGACGGCAUCUCCCCCAUUGUCGCACCAGCCCCUGAACAAAUAAUUGACAUGCACCAGCCGGUCAAGAGAAGAGGAGGAAGGCGUGGGAGUGGAAAAAAAUAAAAACCUAUUUGGUUUUAUAUAUAAUAAGCGAAACACACAUCCACAGUAACACACGUACAUGUGACCUCUGUUUUCUCCUCAUGUGUACGUCUUUUUCUUUUUUGCAUUCACUAAAUUCGAAUUAGG